AUGGACACUCACACUCAUCCGGUUUCACCACUCUUCUUGAGCACGAACACGAGCGAGAGCGCUUCCUCUGCGUCUUCCUCAUCGUCACAGACGCCAUCAACCUCCAGCACUACUACCACCACAAAUCAAAAUUCGAAUGCCUAUUUUGGACAAGAGAGAUUCUCUCAACCAAAGGUGAUUUCAUAUGAAGAGCUGCACGGAAUCAAGCCAGUCGAUAUGGAUAAGAAGGUGCAUGUUACUUAUAACAAUUACAUCAUGACUGAUUCAUUGUUAAGAUUGCAAGAUGCGGAGUGUAAGGGAGGAUUGACUCAUCACGAUGAACAUUUGUUUAUUGUUGUCCAUCAAAGUUUCGAACUGUGGUUCAAUCAAAUAUUGUUUGAAGUUGAAAGCAUUCAAAAUAUUUUGAAGAAAGUGUUCAAUUAUGCCAAAGAACAUCCUAACGAAGAUGUUGACCUUACUGUUGAAAAUACUCAAAUUCUUGUUCAUCGAUUGGAGAGAGCUGAUCAAAUUCUUCGUUAUUCACUUGGUACCUUUGACAUUUUGGAGACGAUGCAUCCUGCAGACUUUUUAGAGUUUAGAUCUGUCAUUGGUCCUGCAAGUGGUUUCCAAUCGGUUCAAAUGAGAGAAUUGGAAGUCAUGAUGGGAUUGAGAGAAUCUAAUCGUAGAAUGUGUGGAGGCAGAACAAGCUAUGAAACUGAUCUUCAACAUGACAUUUUUGGUUUAACUCGAUUGAAAAAGAGACAACAGGAGAUGAGCAUUAGAAAAUUGGUUUAUCGAUGGCUUGAAGAAAUUGUCUAUCCUAAAAUUCCAGGUAAUGAAUUUGUGAACAUCUUUUUGGAAAGAAAGAGAGAGAAUUUAGCAUUCCAAAAGAGUCGGUGGUUCAAUCCAGAGACUGAGAUGGAAAUGAUCGAACAACACAUUGAAAAGGAAAUGAAGCCUGCAAGACAAUGGAUCACAAUUGAAGAUCAAGAACUUCAUAUCAAACAAAGAACUGCCUUUAAGUUCAAUAGCAGUGGAGGUGUUCGUAGUUCUGGUGGAUGUCCAUUCUUUUCUCAACAAUCAUCCACCAUGAUGGAUGGAGAGACUUCCAAGAAUGAAUGUUGUCCAGUAACUCAAAGCAAUGGAACAAAGAGAUCGAAUGAGGAAAAGAUUGAACGUAUUAAGAGACGUCGUGCUGCUAUUUUGUUCAUUAUGAGUUAUAGACAUCACUACAUGUUGUCCAAUUAUGCUAAUUUGUUGGAUCGAUUGGUUGCUUUGGAAGAAGCUUUACUCAUGUGGAGAACUCGUCAUGUUCGUAUGGUCGAGAGAAUGAUUGGAACUCGUACUGGAACAGGUGGUAGCUCUGGAGUUGAUUAUCUUGAAGGAACUCUCAAGUAUCGUGUAUUCCUUGAUCUGUGGGAAUCGAGAAGUCACUUUAUUCAAACGACUGCUCUUCCAAAGAUUCAAUACAAGUCUGAGAGCAACCAAUUUGUAUUUGAAAAGUAA